AUGGAUGAUGCAAUGCACAAAGAACAGCCCACAGAGCAGCCUCCCACUGACAGCAGCAUCGGCACAGACCAACCCCACCCCAGCUCCAACACCCACCAGCCUCCACUCUACCCCCUCCAGUCCAGAAGAAACAGACCAGCCCCACCCCAGCUCCAACACCCACCAGCCUCCACUCUACCCCCUCCAGUCCAGAAGAAACAGACCAGCCCCACCCCAGCUCCAACACCCACCAGCCUCCACUCUACCCCCUCCAGUCCAGAAGAAACAGACCAGCCCCACCCCAGCUCCAACACCCACCAGCCCCCCCACUCUACCCCCCUCUGUUCCAGAAGAAACAGACCAGCCCCACCCCAGCUCCAACACCCACCAGCCUCCACUCUACCCCCUCCAGUCCAGAAGAAACAGACCAGCCCCACCCCAGCUCCAACACCCACCAGCCUCCACCCUACCCCCUCCAGUCCAGAAGAAACAGACCAGCCCCACCCCAGCUCCAACACCCACCAGCCUCCACUCUACCCCCUCCAGUCCAGAAGAAACAGACCAGCCCCACCCCAGCUCCAACACCCACCAGCCUCCACUCUACCCCCUCUGUUCCAGAAGAAACAGACCAGCCCCACCCCAGCUCCAACACCCACCAGCCUCCACUCUACCCCCUCCAGUCCAGAAGAAACAGACCAGCUCCACCCCAGCUCCAACACCCACCAGCCUCCACUCUACCCCCUCCAGUCCAGAAGAAACAGACCAGCUCCACCCCAGCUCCAACACCCACCAGCCUCCACUCUACCCCCUCCAGUCCAGAAGAAACAGACCAGCUCCACCCCAGCUCCAACACCCACCAGCCUCCACUCUACCCCCUCCAGUCCAGAAGAAACAGACCAGCCCCACCCCAGCUCCAACACCCACCAGCCCCCCACUCUACCCCCUCUGUUCCAGAAGAAACAGACCAGCCCCACCCCAGCUCCAACACCCACCAGCCCCCCACUCUACCCCCUCUGUUCCAGAAGAAACAGACCAGCCCCACCCCAGCUCCAACACCCACCAGCCUCCACUCUACCCCCUCUGUUCCAGAAGAAACAGACCAGCCCCACCCCAGCUCCAACACCCACCAGCCUCCACUCUACCCCCUCUGUUCCAGAAGAAACACUGGCUGAUAUUGUCUUGUUAAUAGACUCAAAUGGAAUGGCACUCAGAGUCCAGAGCCGCCACAAGGCGCCAAGAGGAUUUCUCCUAUACCUCGUUGUGGUGGAGAGUGACACACACACCCCGGGGCGAGGGAACUGGGAACGAGGAGUAUCUAUUAUUCAACACCCCGAUGCCUCACCCCCAUCCUUCACCCCCACCCCUCACCACCUUCCCUCAUCCCUGUCCCCCCUCACCCCCAUCCUUCACCACUUCACCCCCACCCCUCACCCCCACCCCUCACCACCUCCCCUCAUCCCUGUCCCCCCUCACCCCAUCCUUCACCACUUCACCCCACCCCUCACCCCCACCCUUCACCACUUCACCUCACCCCCACCCUUCAUCACUUCACCUCACCCCUGUCCUCCCCCACCCCCACCCCUCACCACCUCCCCUCAUCUCUGUCCCCCUCACCCCCACCCUUCAUCACUUCACCACACCCCUGUCCCCCCUCACCCCACCCUUCACCUGACCCCUGUCCCACGCUCAUCCCCGCCCCUCACUACCUUGCCUCACCCCGUCCCGCCUCACCUCACCCCAGGCCCCCCUCACCCCCACCCUUCACCACUUCACCUCACCCCUGUCCCACACUCAUCCUCGCUCCUCACCACCUUGCCUCACCACUGUCCCCCCCUCACCCCCACCCUUCACCACUUCACCUCACCCCAGGCCCCCCUCACCCCUAACCUUCACCACUUCACCUCACCCCUGUCCCCCCUCACCCCCGUCCCUCACCACCUUGCCUCACCCCUGUCCCCCCUCACCCUGCCAUGUGCUCGGUUCCAUUAA